AUCGCUCACUGUCGGAGUUCGCUUCUCUCCAGAGGAGAAGGACUGCGCUGCAGGAAGAAUCGGAGCCGAAAAGUCGAACAGCUUAGGAUGAUCCAUGAGUGGGGUGAACUUGUUGCUUCUGAUGUGUCUUAAGCGAUUGCCUUCGAUGUCAUGAGCAUCACGAGCGUUGACUUGACCGAUGUGAGUCGGGGGCCUCCGUCUGAAGCGGCCACCGACCUCAAGAAACAUGAGAACGGGCGCGAACGUCUCCGCCGCCUGCUGCACUCCCAACGAUUCCAACUCAUCGUUUGCGUACUGAUCAUCCUGGAUAUCAUCUUCAUUAUCGUUGAGCUUCUCGCCGAAAUGAAGUUCUUGGAAACGAAUAUCCUCGAACUACCGGAGCACUCAUUGUCAGAGAGCCAAUGGGCUCAUUGGGCUCGUAGGUUGUCGAUCACCGUCUUAUUCAUAUUUCUGAUCGAAAUCUUCGUGAAGGUUUACGCAUUCGGUUGCAUCGAUUUCUUCAAACACAAACUCGAGGUUUUCGACGCUUUCAUCGUCGUGACUUCCCUAAUUUUCGAUCUCACAUUCCACCGGACGGAGUCGGCAGCCUCAAUCGGCUCAGGAUUAAUUAUUACGCUCAGGUUAUGGCGAGUGGGCCGUCUGUUGAAUGGAAUAGUAUUGACGGUCAAGAUGCAGGCCGAGCGUCAACUGGAAAAAGAAAUUCAACUUCGCGAAGACCUCAAACAGAAAAUGAUGACCCAGAGGGAUUAUUGCAACGCCUUGGAGCAAGACAAUAAGUAUUUGCGUCAAUUACUCGCGGAAAACAGGAUAAGAGCUCCACUCCCGGUGGAUCCUCCUCACCUGGAGAUACCCUUGAACUUCUGAAAAAUCGAGGGAAACGAGCUAUUUGAGUUCAUUCGUUCCCGAUGAAUCCAGACGCAUUCGUAGUGGGAGUUUCAUGUUCCUACGGUACCUUCGGGAAAACUUACUCCGUACUUGCGGCUAAGCUAUAUCGGAGUUCUCUCAUGAAGGAGACGAGUGCCAUGGGAAUCCUCUUUUUUCUCAUUCGAAUCCUCGAUCGGAAUUGUUGUAUAUUCACAUUUUAUGGCUCUGCAUUCGUCGCUUCGCAUUUCGAGUUUGUUUCAGAAGGAUGUCCAGUUUUAAUUGACCUAUAUUUCCU